UACAAGUAUUUUCUGGAAAGCUUUUAGCCCCUGUAUCAUAAAGCUAUACGGUGGGCAGCAUGGUGAUCAACAUGGGGAAGCUCUCACUUCCUCCCUUAUUCAUCGAUUCGUUGGUAAUGGAAACUACAAAUUGUCUUCGAUGCAUAAAGUGUACGGAUGUCGAGACCUCCCGGAGAUGGCUAGUGUGCUUUCCACGUGCGCCUUCUUUCUACUCGUCCUCAGCCUGCAAGGCUUCCAUGCCACGUUGCCACUGAGAUCCAGUGAGGUGCCUAGUAUGCAAAUGAACUAUGCCAUCAAGCUUUCCUACCUGUCCUUUGCACCCCUACUCUUCCAGGAUGUAAUGGCCAUAUUCCUAUACAUCAUCUCAGAGUUGGUGUACGUGAAGUUUGGUGAAAAGAACAAGGUGGUCAUUUUGCUGGGCAAAUGGAAGAAAUCCAGAUAUUUUGGGCAAGCAGUUCCAGUCAGUGGCUUAGCCUACUACGUUACUACACCACCAACCUUGGCUGAAGUAGGAAGACACCCAUUCCUCACACUGGUUUAUGCGCUGUGGCAGCUUCUGGGGUGUGGCCUUACGUCAUUUAACCUUUUCAGUGUUUGUUCACAUUCAGAGCUGUACGUUGGCAGGUUGCUUGGGGAGCGACGAAAUGUAACAGUCGCCCAGCCGGACUCUGUUCCUCUGCAGCUAUGGAGGUGCUAUGUAGGCAAGGCAGCGUUUCUUGUAGGACUCUGCAUUGGUGCACUUACGCUUCUGGCAGGCCUUGCUGGCGUGGUCGGCUCUGGCACCGGGAUCAUGUUCGCCCUCACUGUCUUGUACUCGUGCUUGGAAGAGACCAGUUAUAGAGGAGGGCCAGCUGGUGCCUUUGGUUUCUAAGAGUAUGAUAGGAUCCACGAACGCCUCAGUUUCAGUCUGGUGUUGUUUGAGUUAGUGUUGUUAUAGUGUUAUAUAACGUUACUGGUCUUCCCUCUCACGAUUAUCACAGAUAGACUAGAGAUACUAGAAUGCCCGUGAGUUGCUACGGGCUUUUAAAAAAAAUUAAGGGUGCGUUUGGAAGCCAAAGUAUUUUUGUGGUUUUCUGGAAUACUGUGGUUUCUGGAAAAAACUUUGGUAUUUAAUACUUUGAGUCGUUUGGAUGAAAAAAAUACUGCAGUUCAACAAACCGUGGUAUCUCUAAAACUGUGGUAUUUUUGUUGUAUAUAAAAAAGAGGCCCUAACCUCUUCUUUUAAAA